AUGCUCAAUAGGUCAGUCACAACAGGAACGCCUGUGGAGGUGGAUGAGCACGCAUUUGCAAUGUGGCGUGAUCUAGUGGAUAAUAGCGUCGAAUGUGAACUAUGCAAUGAACCAUAUGAUGAUAAUGAUAAUGAUGAAGGCCACAUUCCACGUCUCUUGACGUGUGGACAUACUUACUGUCAGAGCUGUUUGGACGGCUGGGCAAUGGCAGGUGCAAGUCUUGCAGGAGCUCAGAGCGGAGAAUUGGCAGUAAUGGAGUGUCCUACGUGUCGUCGAGUAACACGAUUUGACAAGUUAACGGGUGCCCGUGCUCUUCCUAAGAAUUAUGAGCUCGUGCGCGCCCGUCAGGAGAUGGAAAUGCAGACUCAGAAUCAGCUGCGCAGACUAAAGGAGGCGUGGACGAUACAAGUAAAGGAGAAGGAGCUUUUAGCAAACGAAGCUGAAGAGCACGCACGUAUAGCGCAGAGAGAAAGUGUACAGGCCUCGCAACGCGCCAUGUUUCUGGCGAAACAGGUGGAAAUUAAUGAACAGGAGAAGAAGCGAGCACAGGAAUUAGCCGAGGAAGCGAGACACCGCGCGUUGGUGGCAUCGCAGCAAGCUGAAGCAUUGCAGGCGGAGACGGAAAAUCUAAAACGUCAACUGCAAAAUGAUGCGGCGCAACUUGCUCGAGUGCAACUUGAUGCCUCUAGUGCUGCAGCGGUGGCAAAGGAGCUGCAUUCCAAGGCGGAACAGUUGCAGCAGCAAGUAGACUGUGUCCGUGCACAGCUGUCGCUACAUGCUGGAAGACAUGACCCUAGCAAGUUGGUGGUGCUUGUGUGUGAACCGACGACAGUGGGUUCGUGGUUGCUCCCAUACACGAGGUAUGCCGUGAUCAGUAUCGCCAGUGACACGAUAAAGGGUGCACAAGCCAUUGACCCGUACCAAGCUGCUAAGACAUGGACGCAUCUUCGUCAAGUGGAAGAGCCUUGCUCCUCAGUGAAGGUAUAUCGUCGGUACAGCGAUUUUGUGUGGCUGCAGCGUGAGCUACAACGUCAAUUUCCAUUUGAGCUAGUGCCCUGUGUACCGGGGAAGCAGAUCUUCUUUAACAAAGAGAAGGAGUUUGUUGGUGAACGCAUGCGGCUAUUGCAAGCUUUCUUGCGCGGUGUAUUACGACUGCCGCUUCUCUCUGUGACGGAAGAAGUACGUGCUUUCUUAUUGUCGACCACUGAAGAGCUCGAAAGUCUUCGACGUGCCACUUCUAUCUACUACAGUAGUUUGGAUGGUGACGAUCUGUUGUUGUCGGUGGACGAAGACUUACCCAAUGACGAGGUAGAGCCUCGAAGUGCAUUGUCUCCAGCUAGCAGCUCUCCAUCAUUGUCAAAAGAAACAACACAGAGUAAGUGCAGCAGUAGUUGGAGUGCAUGGAGUGCUGUUUCGGCCAUAACUUCAAGCGCUGCAAAGCUAGUCACCACAACUGGCACGGCUCUUUCUGGCAUGAGUUCGAAAACCGGUCCAGCAGGUCUCCCGGAAGAUUCAGAAUUGGAAUUGUCAAGAAGUUUCUUUAAGACAGAAGAAGCAGAUGCAUCAACUCAGGCAUGCAUUGAUCGUCGUCGUAAAUAUAUAGACGUGGCAAGGUCGUAUCAGCUAACAGCUCAAAAAGGAAGCCAACUAUCACGAGCUUCGCGUCAACAGUCGUACCACUUACACCGCAUGUGUGAACUUCUACAUGAUAUGAACAAGUUGGAUCAAGAUCAUGCGCAGCGGCGCCGGCAGAGACUUGCAGCAUCUGAUGACUUGAGGUCCCGUUUGGAUGAUGACGAUGACGAUAUGGAGACUCGAGCCUUUGGUGAGCGAGCAUCCGAUGUAUUUAGUGCCAUUUCUCUUAACACAAAAAACGAUGCGGAUUGCAUGGAGUACGCACUGUUGGAGGUCGUCCGCAUGCAGACACUAGAGCUUGGAGGCAUUGAGGAUGCUUUUGCGCGUGUCCGUUGUCGUGAGGAGGCGCUUCAAACGCAGCAGACAUUAACUGCAUCGAGCAUGAGUCCGCCGGUAGCCAGCAUUCCGAGCAAUCGUGGAGCUUCACUUUCCGCACUGUCCCUCAAAAACGAAGAGUUGGCAACACACAGGCGCGAGCUAAACGAAAAAGUGGCAAGUCUGGACCCAGGCCGCUCGCAGUUUGUGCUGGACGUGCUUGGUAAAAACACGAGCGAGAUGUACAAGCUGGCAAAGACUAAACGAAAACUCUUUCAGGCCUCGCAGCAGCAACUUAUUGGUGUGAGGCGCUAG